UUAUGUAUUUUCAAGAUACUUUUUAAAGUCCAAAAAAAAGAAAAAGAAAAUAGACGACGACGCAACAACCAACCCCCCCUUAAACCCCAAAACCUCCUCCUCGUUGGAAUAUAAUGGCUCAAACGCCGGGGUCUCCUGUUCAGCAUCCUCCGGUGCUAUUGUCUGAUUCCGCCGCCAAAGACGUCAUGAUCAAGUGGUUUCGCGGCGAGUUUGCGGCGGCCAACGCCAUCAUCGAUGCCCUCUGCGGACACCUUAUGCAGGGAUGCGGCGGAUCUGCGGAGUACGAGGCUGUGAUGGCAGCGCUUCAUCGCCGAAGGCUCAACUGGAUCCCAGUGCUCCAGAUGCAGAAUUACCAUUCCAUCUCUCAAGUCACCCUCGAGCUACAAUUAGCCACGGACAAGAAAUGCCUUCAUGGCAAAGCAGCAGCCAUCCACGAUCAUCAUCAUCAUCAUCAUCAUGAUGAUGAUUCUCCUUCCAGCGAUAUCACUGAUUCCGGAUCUCGGGAAGAAGAGCGCGUGGACGAAACGAUCUCAAUUUGUUGGAAGCACGAGGAAGAAUGUGAAUCAAAGGAUUCACUCCUCAAGCAGUCGUCUAAGCGUUUUUCGGCCAAGGAACAUGUUAGAGGACAUACGGCCAAUGUUGUGAAAGGACUCAAACUCUACGAAGAUGUCUUCACUGGAACUCAACUCUCCAAGCUUCUGGAUUCUAUGAAUCAUCUCCGAGAGGCUGGUCGUAAUCACCAACUUUCAGGGGAGACAUUUGUUCUGUUCAACAAGAACUCCAAAGGCACCAAAAGAGAGCUUCUUCAGCUUGGGGUUCCAAUCUUCGGCAACACCACAGAUGAACACUCAGUGGAACCUAUCCCACCCCUUGUUCAAAGUGUGAUCGACCAUCUACUUCAAUGGCGCCUGAUUCCUGAAUACAAACGACCAAAUGGCUGUGUGAUCAACUUCUUCGACGAGGACGAGCACUCUCAGCCAUUCCAGAAACCACCUCACGUGGAUCAACCCAUAUCCACUCUUGUUUUGUCUGAAUCAACCAUGGUGUUUGGGCACAGACUCGGGGUCGAUAACGAUGGCAACUUCAGGGGCUCACUCACUCUCCCACUAAAGGAAGGGUAAUGGGAACACUCCAUUUUCCUC